AAAAUAUACAUCUAAAUGUCAAAAGGGCUCUGGCUUAAUCCACAUAGACUAUGAAAUUUGAAGACUAUCUCAUGGAGCAAAGCAUAGAGCCUCAGAGUAGACAAGACCUUGAAGAAGAGGUUGUCACAUUGCAAGCACAGUUGAAGGGUGAAGAAGCACUUAAUAGGGUGUUACGUUGUGCACUUCAUGGACCUGUUUGCUCUCUUCCACUCAUUCCCUCAAUGUUUCCACCUCAGGUUCAUGAGCUUCUUGAUGAAUUGGCAAUGGUUGAGGAAGAGAUCAUUUUGCUAGAAAGAAAAGUUAGGGAACUUAAACUUAGAUUGAAUCAAGAGAGAGACCAGAACACAGAUUGGGAAAUGCACCAUAGAAGGCAGCCUAAGCUGUAUCACAAGUUCCAAGGAUCAUUAGGAUAUGGAUCAAUGAUUUCUGAGCAAAGGUCAAGUUCACACAAUUAUGAAGUAUUCACAAAAGGAAGAAAAUCAAGAGAUAGAAGAGACUCCCUUAGUUCUGCAUUGGACAUCCAUAGCCUAUUUUCCAAGCCAAGAAGAUCAAAGGAAUAUGAAGUGCCAGGAAGGAACACUGGAAAGACCCCAAGGCAACAACAUCCUAUGCAUUUAGAAGCUGUCGUUGAGAAACCAAAUGAAUUAUCAGAGGAACUGCUUAAAUGUCUAAUAGGAAUUUUCCUUGAAUUGAACAAGGCAUCAUUGGACAGAGAAGAAUCACAAACUACUGUCCCAAGACUUGCUCUUUCGUGCAUGAAGUCCACCGGAUUCAUGUCAAAGACCUCAUUCAACUGCAAGACACCUUCAGUCCUCUCAAAUGUCAGUGCUUACUAUCUUGAUCCUUAUGGCACAUCAUCAGAUUUAGAUUGCAAAGCAAGAGAUGUAGGACCCUAUAAGGACUUCAUUCAAAUCACUAGAAGCUCAUUAGACAUUGAAAGCUUUUCUCAAUGCUUGCCAGCUUUCAGAAAAUUGAGGGUUUUGAUGCAUAAGCUUUGCGAUGUGGAUUUAAGUUUCUUGACCUACAAGCAGAAAUUGGCAUUCUGGAUCAACAUCUACAAUGCCUGCAUAAUGAAUGCAUUUUUAGAUCAAGGUCUUCCUUCUACAAGGGAGAAACUGUUAUCUCUUAUGAAUAAGGCUGCAAUGAAUGUAGGUGGAAUAGUACUUAAUGCUCUGGCUAUCGAACACUUUAUUCUUCGGCAUCCAUGUGAAUCAAAACAUGACCCUGUGGAUGAGAAGGAGGUGCUGCUGCGGCAUGCGUAUGGUCUGGGGUAUCCAGAACCAAAUGUUACAUUUGCUCUAUGCAGAGGAACUUGGUCUUCACCAGCGCUAAGGGUGUAUACCUCAGAAGAUGUUGUGAACCAAUUGGGGAGAGCCAAAGUAGAGUACUUGGAAGCUUCGGUGGGUAUCACAAACAAGAGGAAGAUAAUUGUGCCUAAGCUUUUCCAGUGGCACAUGCAUGAUUUUGCAGAUGAGAUGGAAUCUCUGCUGGAAUGGAUAUAUAGCCAAUUGCCGCGCUCAGGAUCAUUGAAAAGAGCCAUGAUGGAGUGCUUGAUAAGAGAAACAAAAUGUCCCAUGUCUAAAAUGGUGGAAAUCCAACCAUAUGAAUCUGAAUUCCGCUACAUCAUACCCAUGUAAAUCGAAAAGAAAAAACGAUAGUCUUAGUGUAUGUUUGGUUGCAGACCCCAAAAUCACAUUCAUCCAUAAGCUACAAUAUGUAGCUUCUUAGCUAACAUGCUUUCGAGUAUAUGUUCCAUCCAUAUCCGAACAUGUUGUAAUACUAUUUGACACUCCUUUUAACAUUACCUGGUAUUAGGGAACUUUUUAAUAGAAAUCUU